GCGCUUUCUUCCGGUUUCGUUGUGCGGUUUCGUUCCGCUUUUGUCGUUUUAAUGCUUCUCAUACACAACACAGAUGGCACCCGUUCGAUCGCUAACACACUUAAGUCUCACUAAAACAAAGGAAAUGAAACUUGAAAUAUGCGACCUACAAGAAACAGUCUUGUUUACUAUCUUCUCUGACAUCGAAUGCAGACUUGUGGAGCAUAGUUGUUUUACCAAAACAACAGAAAGGACAGGGUUACACUUAAAGCGUUUCAUAAACUAACUGUUUCUUUAGGUUGUACAAUGAAAUUGACCAACACAAAACCCGUCUCGCUCUUCACACUGAUUCUGCUAUUUCACACUGUCCAAGCAGAAGCUUCUCAUGAUGACAUUGAUGAAGUGAGGAUCCUGGUUGUGGGGGUCAGAGGUCAGUCCAGAUUCAGUGCUGCAGAUCUACUGUCAGGAAGGAAAGACGGAGGACAGGAGGACAGAGAGAUUGUAAAGACUCCAGUAAUUACAGACGGGGCUCGUAGAAUGAUGCUGGUCACUGGACCAAACCUCUGUGAGGAGGACGCAGCGAGACAGAGCUUCACAACAGCGCUGUUUCUCUCAUCUCCUGGACCUCACGCCGUUUUAAUGCUCCUGAAUCUGGAAGAUCACCAAUCACAACAGUGUGAUAUUGAGAAACGAGCCCAGGAGCUGCUGGGAGCAGAAGUCCUGCAGUACUGCAUUGUUCUUCUGCUCCAAAACCACCAGGAACCUUUGACAGGAGCGUCCAGAGGGAUUGCUGGAGAAAUGAUCAACGCAUGUGGAGGAAGAAUUCACAUCAUAAGAGACUCUGAACCAAAACCUGCUCAAAGAGCAGCUCUUAUAGCGGAAAUAGACAAGUUAGGUCAGCUCAAUGGUGGCAGCUUUUAUUCAGUUCAUAAAUUAGAAACUGUAGAAACCAUUCAAGAUAUGCAUGAAAACCAGGUUUUAUCUGUAAUAUAUGAAACUUUUGGAGGAGCAGUUGGAAUCAUAGGAUGGAUUUUCUUCAUUUCAGUAACUGCUCUUGCUAUUUACACUAAAGGAAAGGAAAUAAAUUUGAUUUAUGGGGCAGCAUUUACUGUAUUUGUAUUGUUUAUGGUCUAUCUAAGACGUUUUCUGAGUCCAGAUCUUGCCAUCCCACUUAAUUUGGCCUUAUUAUCAUCAUUAGCAACUGCUGCUAAUACUUCCAUGCGCUAA